AUGCCCAUACAGCACCUGCCCACACAGCACCUGCCCACACUGCACCUGUCCACACAACACCUGCCCACAUGGUGCCUGCCCACACAGCACCUGCCUGUACUGCUCCUGCCCACACUGCACCUGCCCAUAUGCCACACUGCACCUGCCCAUACUGCACCUGCCCACACAACACUGCCACAUGCCCAUACAGCACCUGCCAACACUGCGCCUGCCCAUAUAGCACCUGCCCACACAGCACCUGCCCAAACAGCACCUGCCCAUACUGCACCUGCCCACACAACACCUGCCCACACAACACCUGCCCACACAGCGCCUGCACAUACUGCACCUGCCCACACAACACCUGCCCACAUAGCACCUGCCAACACUGCACCUGCCCAUAUAGCACCUGCCCACACAACACCUGCCCACACAGCGCCUGCACAUACUGCACCUGCCCAUACUGCACCUGCCCACAUAGUGUCUGCCCACACUGCACCUGUCCACACUGCACCUGCCCACACUGUACCUGUCCACAUAGCACCUGCCCACAUAGUGCCUGCCCACAUAGCACCUGCCACAUGGUGCCUGCCCACACAGCACCUGACUGUACUGCUCCUGCCCACACUGCACCUGCCCACAUGCCCACACUGCACCUGUCCACACUGCACCUGCCCAUAUAACACCUGGCCACACUUCACCUGCCCACAUGCCCACACUGCACCUGUCCACAUAGCACCUGACCACACAGCGCCUGCCCACACUGCGCCUGCCGAGGGGCGGGAGGCGGGUGGUUAUCUGAUCCGACGGCAGGAGCAGGCGGUAAAGGGAGAUCUGACAGGGACAAUUAUCCAGGACAGGGGCAGGAUUCACAUGUGA